UCUGAGGGGGUUCGGGACCGCCCUGAGCGCUGCCCCGCCCCGCCCCGGAGAGCAGGCCCAGCAUGAUCCGCAUUGCAGCUUUAAAUGCCACGACAGUGGUUGAAGAUCAUGAGGGGUCCUUCAAGAGUCACAAAACUCAAACUAAAGAGGCUCAGGAAGCUGAAGCCUUUUCUCUGUAUCACAAGGCAUUAGACCUGCAGAAACACGACCGAUAUGACGAGUCUGAGAAGGCUUAUCAUGAGCUGCUGAACACACAGCUGUUGAAAGAGGCUGUUCUAUCUGGUGAUGAGAAUGAAGGUUUGAAGCAUCCUGGGUUGAUGCUGAAGUACUCUACUUACAAGAAUCUUGCCAGUUUGGCUGCUCAGAAAGAUGAACCUAGUACUGCUAUGGAAUUUUAUCUGGAGGCUGUAAUGCUGGACUCUACAGAUGUGAACCUCUGGUAUAAAAUCGGAAGAGUGGCAUUGAGGCUGAUUCGUGUUCCACUGGCUCGGCAUGCUUUUGAAGAAGGACUGAAAUGUAAUCCCGAUCACUGGCCGUGCCUGGACAAUCUCAUCACCGUACUGUACACACUAAGUGAUUACACUAAUUGCCUUUAUUAUAUUUGUAAAGCCUUGGAAAAGGAUUGCCGCUACAGCAAGGGGUUGGUGUUGAAAGAAAAGAUCUUUGAGGAACAGCCCUGUUUGAGGAAGGAUUCCUUCCGUAUGUUCUUGAAAUGUGACAUGUCCAUUCAUGCGUUAGACGUGGAUCCUGUGGAAGCUCAGGCUGUUGUUGAGGAAGCUUUGGAGCUACGCAGAAAGAAGCAGGCGUUAGCGUUACCAGCGGAGGAGCCAGACCUCCGGUUGAUCCAGCCAGUCUCUUCCUUCACGUGGAGAUGUUUGGGUGAGAGCUUACUGGCCACGUACAGAGACUUAACCUGUGAGCUUCCUCGCCCCAGCCUCGGCAAGAGGAUAGAUCUAUCCAUGUAUAGAGAUCUUUCCCAACAGCUGAUAUCUUCACCAACAGCCACUCCGGUCAGUGUUAUCCAGCCGAACCCCACCACCUCCAGUCCUACAGCAGCAGUGACCACAACGCCAAUAGCAGCAUCAGCAUCAACUGUGCUUGUAUCAGCAAAUCCUCCCAGUGCAGCAGAUUUGGUAGCAUCUCAAGCAGACGCUUCGAUUGUAGACAAGACUAAGAAAGGUGCCAAGAGGAAGCGAAUAGCUGAUGAAGCAGGAGAGCCAGCAAAGCGACGUUCAGCUCGAGUCAGGAACACCAAGUGUAAAAAAGAAGAAAAGAUCGAUUUUCAAGAACUUUUAGUCAAAUUUUUACCUUCAAGGCUGAAAAAGGCGGAUCUAGAAGAAGAUGAUGAACCAUUUGGCAACUAUGAUGUUCAGACAGAGUUGAAAAAGGAAAGUCAUCAGCUGAUGGGUCCUUAUCGAAUGCAAUUUGAUUCCACAGCUUUCAUAGACUUGGAAAAACAAGAUGUUCAUAAAUUUCUGUGUAACAAUCUGAAGAACGGUGGAAUACUGGAUCUGAUGUUGAAAUAUCUGAAGAUACUCGGUCAGAAGUUCCUGUCGAAAUGGCCAUCAGGACUGACUGACGUCGUUCUGACAAUCUACAAUAGCUGGAGGAAACACUGCAGCAGCCUUCCAAACCCCAUCCUGAGAGAGUGCAGUAACCAGCACAUCAAGGAUAUGAUGUUGAUGUGUCUUUUGUGUAUGGAACUUCAACUUGAUCAGUGGCUUCUGACAAAAUCUAAAAGUACCACAGUUUCUCCCAGAAAAUGUACCUCCAGCACCACAGCUGCACAACUAGGGCCAGAUUUUCCCGGAAACCAUUAUUUGGGUGAUCUGAUUCAGUUGGCCUUCACCUCCUCUCAGAGGGACCUGUUUGAGAGCGACUGGCUAGUGUUUGUUGUUCGGGUGUACUGGCUGAAGGCCCGAUUCAUGGCACUGCAGGGUGACAUGGAGCAGGCGGUGGAGAGCUACGAUAUCUGCACCAGUUUGUUUUGCAGCUCUGUUGGAGUGAGGGCGGGCAGCAGGAGCUGUGAUGGCUUCACAGUCAGAUUGCCAAACCUGUACGUGGACUCUGCCAUAUCAGUGGAUGAGAUUGAUAAAAAGCUGAAGUCCCUGGAGCGUUGUCAGUCGCUGGAGGAAGUUCAGCGCCUGUACGAGAUGGGAGAAUAUGAGCACGUUGUGAAGCUGCUGAGACCUACCCUGAGCCUCGGUGCCAUUGGGAGAACAAAACCCUUGGAAUUUGUUACCUCCAUCCCUGAGCGGCCUGCUCAGCUCCUCCUCUUACAGGACUCUCUAAUGAAACUGAGAGAUUACAGGCAGUGUCUGGAGUGUUCAGAAGUUGCACUAAACGAAGCCAUUCAGCAAAUGAACGUGAUGUCAUCUUCCUCCAAGGAAGAGUGGGUCUCAACAGUGACCCAGCUGUUGACGGGGAUUGAUUAUUCCCUCUCUGAGUAUAACAGUAUCUUGAAGGAGCACGCUAUCACUCCAUCUCUCGUGCGGUUCACUAACAACCUGAUCCAGAUCAUUGACUGUACCAUGGGGCUUCCAGAUGAUCCCAAAGAUCAAAGUGUGCCUUCAGUGCUGCCCUGGAUCAUCUUGUACAGAAUCAUAAAACACGAGGAGGAACAGUUUGAUACACUCCGCCGCCAGCAGCGUCAGAGCAGCCCAGAUGCAGAGUCUGAAACUCCUAUGUUACCGUCCUCGCUGAUGUUGCUGAACACAGCACAUGAAUACCUGGGUCGACGGUCCUGGUGCUGUAAUUCUGAGGGUGCUCUGCUCAAGUUCUAUGUGCGAGUGCUUCAGAAGGAGUUGUCGGCUUCCAGAGCUGAAGACGCCCAUCCAUUUAAAGAGGAGCUGGAGACAGCCCUUGAGCAGUGUUUUUACUGUCUGUACGCAUAUCCCAGUAAGAAGAGCAAAGCUCGUUACCUGGAGGAACAUUCUGCUCAGCAGGUGGAAUUGAUUUGGAACGACGCCGAAUUCAUGUUCGAUUACUUCAAACCCAAGAACCACCCGGAGUUCGACAGUUACAAGACGAGCACAGUAUCCGCGGAUCUGGCCAACCUCCUGAAGAAGAUUGCGAUGAUUGUUCCUCAGCCGGGCAAGCCGCCUCUUACAAUAGAGAACGUCACAGCUUACAUCGAAGGCUCCGGCAACACGGUUCCGGUUCUCCCCGAAGGAACAGAUUCUGGGCUUCUGGUUAACGAGUUGUAUUAUCUCUUGGCCGACUAUCAUUUCAAGAACAAAGAACAGGCAAAAGCUAUCAAAUUCUACAUGCAUGACAUAUGUGUUUGUCCGGCCAGAUUUGAUUCCUGGGCGGGUAUGGCAUUGGCUAGAGCCAGUCGUAUCCAGGAUAAGCUGAAUUCAAAUGAGUUAAAGAGCGAUGGUCCCGUUUGGAAGCAUUCAGUGGGGGUGUUGAAUUGCUUUAAACGAGCACUGGCGAUAGACAGUUCUAAUCUCUCAUUGUGGAUUGAAUAUGGCUCCAUGUCCUAUGCACUGCACUCUUUUGCCUCUCGUCAGCUGAAACAGUGGAAAAUGGAAUUGCCAACAGAAGUUGUACAGCAGAUGGCAGAGAGGAGAGACAGCAUGCUGGAGACAGCCAAGCAGUGCUUCUUGUCAGCGGCACACUGUGAAGGAGAUGGCGAUGAGGAGGAAUGGCUCAUCCAUUACAUGUUGGGCAAAAUAGCAGAAAAGCAGAAACAGCCUCCGAAGGAAUACUUGCAGCAUUACAAGAAGGGAGCACACAACUUACAUGAGGAUGCUGCUCACUACCCUCGGAAGAUCCAUUAUCACAACCCUCCAGACCUUGCUAUGGAGGCUCUCGAGGUCUACUUCAGACUUCAUGCUUCCAUCCUCAAACUACUGGAGAAGAAGGAAGUCGUCAUAGACUGCGAGAUGUUAUUCAGUUACAUAAAGCAGGCAGCGCACGGACCCUUUGCCAGAGGAGAAGAAAAGAACUUCCUGAAGGUCAAUGAGAGGGAAAAGUCCUGUACAAAUGAUGAUGACUCACACUCUUCUGUUGGAACCCAGCAAGGUCAAGGAAACCUUACCUCAGGUCCAGGUCUGACAUCCCCACCUUACACAGCCACUCCGAUUGACCACGAUUACGCCAAACGUAAAAUCCCCCGUCAGCAGGCCUCAAUUGAUGAGAGGAGUCAAGACAGUGUGAUCUUGGUGCUGUCCGAUUCUAACUCAACACAAGACGUCUUUACAGAUGCAGCAAGCUCCCAGGACAGCAGCAAAAAGAACCACUCUGGGAAAGGAAGCCCAUCUUCAUCCUCCACUAUGGAUGCAACCGUGCUGCCCAGGGAUAUGCAUGUGAAAUUGGAGGAAGAGGAUUCAGUGGGACGUGUCUCUUCAGACCAUUGUAGAGGAGGCAGUGCAGAGAUUACAGAAGCCAUAGAUGCUUUGGCUUUGAGACUGGCGGAACAUACAGGUCACCGGCUACCAAUGGAGCCAGCUGUGUUGUCCCAGGAAAGCCAUAGAAAACUGGAGGAAGACGAUUUAACAGGGCGAAUUUCUUCUGAUGUUUGUGGUGGAGGCAAUAUGGAGAUCCCAGAAACCAUAGAUGCUUUGGCUUUGAGACUGGCAGAACGUGCGGAAUACAGGUUGUCUAUGGAGGCAACUGUGGUACCCAGUGAAAUCCAUAGAAAACUGGAGGAAGAGGAUUCAGUGGGACGUGAUGCUUCUGGGGUUUGUAAAGGAGGAAGCAUGGAGAUCCCAGAAGUAGUAGAUACUUUGAGAAUGGCCGAGCAGGCAGGACAAAGAUUAUCCAUGGAAUCCCAAACCGCUGCUCUUACCACUCCUCCCAAAGCCUCCACCUCAUCUCAGUGGGACGCAAAGAAGAAGACAACCGAGCAAUCUGGAGAGGUGAAAGAAGCUUACAGACUGGAGGACUUCCCUCAGAGUCUGCCAGCAGACAAGAGGGAGCAGCGCAGAGUUCUGACUGAGCAGUGUAUCAGAGCCCUGCAUCUUUGUCUCAGCCGAUUCCCUCAGCACUAUAAGAGUCUCUACAGGCUGGCAUAUCUGUAUACUUAUAGCAAAACACACAAGAACCUCACCUGGGCUCGAGAUGUGUUGCUGGGCAUCAGUGUCCCCUGGCAACACCUGAAGCACAUGUCAGCACAGGGACUCUUCUAUGAGAGGAACAAGACCAACUUUUUUAAUGGAAUCUGGCGAAUUCCUGUUGAUGAAAUUGACCGUCCUGGCAGCUUUGCAUCACAUAUGAACCGUUCUAUUGUUAUCUUACUUGAUGUUUUAUCGCAGCUGAAGGACCACAACACACUGCUGAAGGUAUCGUCUAUGCUUCACAGGACACCUGACCAGGGAAAGAAGUAUUUGCGUGAUGUGGAUCGUCAAGUCCUUGCCAAGCGAGCAUUCAUUUUCACAGUGAAAGUUCUUGAGGACAACCUGAAGGAACUAACUGGGAUAUCUGAAGAUCAGGUGCCAAAGUCUUCAGUUUUAUCAAUGGGUGAGAUGACGACAGACGUUUCUAACAAGCCGAGUGCUGAGGAGCAUAAGGGUGUUGUACCCAAAAAGUCAACAGUUUCUGAUGGGCCCAUAAGGAAUACCGAGAAUGGGGUGAAGGAUAUUCCCAGAGGUCCGUCUCCCCAGGCUAUGAACAUGGAACAAGGUGAGAAAAAUAACAAACUGAUGGGUGACCUGACAAAGCCAAAUAUUGGUAUGGAAGAACCAAUGGAACUUAGCUCUGGGGAACCAGGCAAAUUGGUAUUUUCAUUCAAGCCCCCCACGGGUUGGGAUACAGAGCACAACAAGACUGCUGGAGUAACCGAGGGUAAGGCUUUGGAAUGCAAACCCGCUGAGCUGUCCUUAGAGGAACUGAGCAUUAGUUCAAAACAGCAAGCGACAACAAUAACAUCACAAGUUGUGGCUGGUCAAGCAAUCAAGAAAGCAGGCCGGAAGAGAAAACUGCUGGAGGACACUGAAUCUGGGAAAACUCUGCUGUUAGAUGCAUACAGAGUCUGGCAGCAAGGUCAGAAGUUUAUGGCCGUUGAUCUCGGAAAGAUUGAGAAGAUCAUGUCGGAGACGUAUAUGCUGAUCAAGCAGGUUGAUGAGGAUGUAGCUUUGGAGCAAGCCAUGAAGUUCUGCCAGCUGCAAAUGGCUACUUCAGCACAGAAGCAGUCAGGAGACGCACCUACAACACCAAAGUACUCCAAGGACUCGAAGGAAACUUUCUUCCCUUCAACGCCCGUCACAGUAGCCCCAGCAGCUCUCACGUCAACCCCACCAAGCAGCACCUCGUGUGAAAGCACCAAACCUAGUGAUUUACAAUCCAAAUCAACAUUGGGCCCCACGACUGCAGGCGAUCCCCGAGCUGACACUCGAGGGCCAGAGGUUACACCACCAUCGCAAAGGGACACUGAACUGCGAACAACUAGCUUAACGGAGACAGUCCCGGGCAUGUCCUAUCUCACACAAGACGAGGAAUCAGAGGAGCCUCCCGAAGGCCUUAGCUACCGGCAGCAGGAAAAUCACCUUUGCCAUCAGAUGAGAAUGGCAACAGUCACUUCAUCCCAGGAGUCCGUUCAGUGGCAGGAAGAUGGUGCUUACCCUCAACCAGACGAGGGCUCCCAUCCUCCCCCGUCCGCCAGCCACAAUUGCAAUUCUGCCAACAAACUCUCUGCCAACACCCUAGUUGCCCAGUCGUGCAAGGGGGAGGGGAGUCGGAUUAAGACACGCAUCCCUCCGAAUAUGCCAAAGCUUUUCAUCCCAUCGACUGUGGCGAAGUUUCCACCUGAGAUAACCGUCACACCACCAACUCCGACCCUGCUGUCACCCAAGGGCAGUGUGUCUGAGGAAACCAAACAAAAACUAAAGACUGCCAUCCUGUCUUCACAAUCUGCCGCCAACGUGAAGAAGGAAACCCUCUGCCAGCCAGCGUUGGAAAUCCUAGAGACAUCAAGUCAAGAAUCAUCGCUGGAGAGUGACACAGACGAGGAUGAAGAUGACUACAUGGACAUCUGAUAUGCCAAGGAUUCUAGCUCUGCACAAGCGUGUAGCAAAACCACUGAGGACAGGCAAUGUUGUUUUAUAAAAAAUUGGGAAUACAUUUUUUCUAUGAGAAGAUGGAUAUAAGUGCACAGUACUUUAUAUGGAGCACACUGGACCUGAGCACAGAUUUUCUAACCAGCAUUGGCCUUUGUAAAUAAUAGAUGCAUCACAGCAGCAACUGUAAACAAUCCGACUUGCUUUUACCCUGCUCUUGCUUGAUUCUUGUUUGACUUCCAAAGAUGUCUCGGACCAUUUUUGAAGAUGAACACUGAGGAUUUAUAAUGUUGGAAUUGGUUAAGGAGUGUCCCUUUGACGGAGUUUCAGCUUUUUCAGAAUUAAGAUUUUGCAGGACAGAGCAAAUACAGAGGGAGACGGCAUUCCAGGCAACACAAACAAACAUUCCACCAUAGAUUUUGCUUUUUUUCUGGUUUUAGUUUCUAGGUUAGCAUUUGGCUGCCUCCGGUUGUGAGUUGGCUGGAGGCUGUGGGUAAUUCACUCCUGCAGUAUACAGACACCUUGCCACUAAUUGGUUUCCAGCAUUUGCUUUCGGUGUCAUUAUUUAUAUAUAAAACAUUCACUUUUAACAUUCUUUCAAUCUUAAAUCUUACCUUUUAAGGUCAUGUUUAUCACAGACAUUUCCUCCAUCACCUCCAGGCUUCUGUAAAUUAUUUGCUUUGUUUUGUCUUUUUAAAGUAAUUUCAUCAUAUGCCA